AUGGGAGCCCCUGAGAUCACCGCCGAGAUGCCGCAGGCACGGGUUUCCGACAGCGGCAAUGACUCCGACGUGAUCAAGGUCCAGAAUGAAGAUGAACUUCGUUUAGCCCAGAUGGGCCACAAGCAGGAAUUGGCGCGCCAUUUUUCGGUAUGGAGUUUGAUCGGCCUUGCGGCCAAUUGCACUAUCUCCUGGACCGGUCUUGGUUUGGGUCUCAUCACAGCCAUUAAUGCUGGUGGCCCUGGCGCACUAAUUUAUGGCUUCAUCCUCGUCUUUAUUCUCCAGUCCUUCGUUGGAGCGUCUCUGGCUGAAUUUGUGUCCGCGUACCCGACCGAAGGAGGAAUGUAUCAUUGGAUUGCGGCGAUCGCCCCUCGCCGCUACAACAGUGCGCUCAGUUUUGCGACAGGAUGGAGCACGGUUUUCGGCUGGAUUUUCACCACUGCGUCCACCAAUCUGAUCUACGCAACGACCGCUAUGGCAUUGAUUGCUCUUUACCAUGACGGUCUGGUAAUUAAACCUUGGAUGGUUUUCGUCGCAUACCAGAUUUUGAACAUCGUUACUUCUGCCAUCGUCAUGUUUGGAAACCGUUUCAUUCCGCUCAUCAAUAAAUUCUCCUUGGUUUAUUUGCAACUGGCUUGGCUUAUUACGAUGGUCACGGUUGCUGCUGCGGCGCCCGUACAUAACGACACCACAUUCGUCUUCAAGACUUGGAUCAAUAAUACUGGCUGGGAUAAUAAUGUGAUCUGCUUUAUCACGGGUCUUGUGAACCCUCUGUAUGCUCUUGGAGGGCUUGAUGGUAUCUCGCAUAUUACCGAAGAAAUGCCUAAUCCUGGAAGAAAUGCGCCUCUGGGACUUGCUAUUACCAUGAUCAUUGCGUUCGUCACUGGUGUUGCUUAUCUGGUCAGCCUGAUGUUCUCUGUCCAGAACUACAGCUCGCUUGCCAGCACACAUACCGGGCUUCCGCUGGCUGAGAUUUUCUACCAGGCAACCUCAAGUAGGGGCGGAGCUUUUGGUCUUGUGUUUAUGGUUUGGAUUGCGCUCGGACCUUGUGUGAUCGGUUCCCAGCUGAGUACCGGUCGUGUCUUUUGGGCCUUCGCGCGCGACGAGGGUCUUCCGCUCUCUAAAAUUUGGGCCCGUGUUCACCCGAAACUCGGUUCCCCGUUCAACGCACAGCUCUGUGUGGGUGUGAUUAUUGCCCUUUUGGGUUGCAUCUACCUGGGCUCCAGCACUGCGUUUAACUCUAUGAUGGGUUCUGCUGUGACCAUCAACAACCUUGCCUACUUGGUUCCAAUCCUGACCAACGUUCUUCUUCGCCGUCGCACAAUGCACCGUGGUCCCUUCGCCAUGAAUCAGUUCAUGGGCAUGACAGUGAACAUCGUCUCGGCGCUCUGGCUGAUUUUUGCCAUUGUGUUCUUCUCAUUCCCAUACGCGAUGCCCGUGACAGUUUCAAACAUGAACUACACCUGUGUCGUUAUUGGAGGCUUUUUGCUCAUUGAGCUUGGCUGGUGGCUUAUUGCAGGCAAGAAAUAUUCCGAGAAAGUACAACGCGCCCGUGAAGAAGGACAUACUACGGCCCUGAUUGCGGAUGAAGCUCCCCAGAAGGAGUAA